AUAGAUAGAUUGAUUGUUAUUCGAGGAUGUGAGUCUUGUCCACAAAAAAAGUGAUUGAAGAAUCGGAAGGUGAGAUGGUUCUGUCAAUCAAAGGCCAGCACAUGCUGUGCUAAUGUGGAGUGGAGGAGGAGAGUAAAGAGUCAGCAAUCAAAGGCCACCUCUACCUCUGUGGGAAAAUUGAAGGAGACAAUUUUGAUGAUCGCAUGGACUUCCAUCGUCCUUAACACGUGUCGGCACCUUGUUGGUUCCGGCCUAAUUUUCAAUUCUGCCCUUUUCCAUUCUUAAGCUAAUUUCCAUUACGUACGACAACAGCGUUUUUUCCAUUCUUAAAGCAAGGCCUUCUUGAUCUCUCUCAUCCACCGACCCCCCCCUCUCCCUCUCCCUCUCCCUCUCUCUCUCUCUCUCUCUCUCUCUCUACAGGUCAUCAACAAUUCACUAUGGCCGAGAAGAAGGUUACAACAAUGGUGCUGAAGGUGGACCUUCAGUGUCCUAGUUGCUACAAGAAGAUCAAGAAAGUUCUUGCUAAAUUUCCCCAAAUUCGAAACCAGGCCUAUGACGAGAAGCAGAAUACGGUGACGAUCACUGUAGUAUGCUGCAACCCGGAGAAGAUUCGUGACAAGCUGUGUUGCAAAGGUGGGAAAACAAUCAAGAGCAUUGAGAUCAAACCGCCACCAAAACCCAAAGAACCCGAAAAGCCCAAGGCCCCGGAGAAGCCCAAGGAACCCGAAAAGCCUAAAGAACCCGAAAAGCCCAAAGAACCCGAGAAGCCCAAGCAACCCGAGAAGCCCAAGGAACCGGAGAAGCCCAAGCCCAAGGAACCGGAGAAGCCCAAGCCCAAGGAACCGGAGAAGCCCAAACCUCCUCCGCCAGCUCCGGCUCCCGCACCUUGUUAUGUACCAUUUUACCCGGCUCCGGUAUGUUGUGGGCAAUGUUACCACGGUAUUCCUGGGGGCCCAUGCUAUGAGGGGUAUGGGAGACCAGUACCAUCCUAUGAUGGGUAUGGGUAUGGUGGGAAUAGGGCAUGUUAUGGAGUAAGUCGUUGCGAUGAGUACUUUAAUGAAGAAAACACUUCUGGUUGCACAAUCAUGUGAUGGUAGUGCUUCCUCAUGAUCAAGCUUUUUGAUUACUUUUGUUGGAAAACAAAAGGCAUACUUGUUUAUGGGUAUAUGGGGGGUUAUGUUUUUCGGACUAUGAUUUUAUACAAAGUAUAAAAUAAGGGUCAAUAACGAGUUUGGUAGUCUGGUGGUGGUGGCCAAAUAGUCAAUUGAGAUGGGUUAUAAGAUGAUAUGUAAUGAUUUUUGGUUAAUAAGAUUCUUCGUUUAAUCA